AUGGCCAAUCAUCAACAGGCAUCCAAGGCUCGGGCCUUAGGACUUGAUAAGCCCAGCGAACUCCUUGGCCCGGGCGUUUUCAUGUCCAUGGGAACGACUCCCAAGAGCAAGACGCGUGAGUCGGUGUUGAAGAUGAUACAAGCGUAUGCCUUCUCGGCCACGAAGCCUCCCUUCAGCAUUGAGGAGCUUGUCAUCAUGUCGGUGAUUGACCAGAAUGAACCAGUCACGAUCCUGGAGGCGCAAAAGUGGGUGUAUCACGCUAUCGGAUACUAUCGGGAGGAGAUUUUGAACAAUCUCUUGUCAGCUUCUGUGCUACAAGGUCGCAAUGCGGUCGUUCCUGGAGUAUACGGUGACGUGCGAGAUCGUUUAACGCCUCAAUGGGGUCCAAUAGUACACCGCGCUGGAGAUUAUAGGCGAGGCUAUGCGGAUGGCUGCUAUCACGACUGCAGCCUCCUGUUCCGGAAAGCGUUCUACCGUAUGGACCUUCCUCUUGAGAAAGUCAGCAUGGCAACUUCAGCGAUCUUUAAGGCACACCUGCCAGAAGACAAGUGGUUUGUCCCGAGUAACGAGGUCAUUUACUUCUCCCAGAGUCUCACAUCGAAGUACUUGCCAGACCUGUCAGACAAAGGCAAGACAAAAUGCGGACGCUUCCGCUUCCUGGAUUUGCUCCCGGAGAUUAGAGUAAUCAUCUACGAACUGGUGUUCGCGAUGCCCAAGAGCGGCGUACACGCGAGGACUGUCUUUUCCGGUCCUCCCAAGGUCGCUCUCAUGACGGUGACGCGCGACUACGACGCUCCACUCACUAUGGACCCUCCAACGCAGCGAAGUGGGUAUCAGUGUCCGCCGUUGUCUGAGCUCUUCGCCUUCACCCUCGUCAACAAGAAAAUCUACGAAGAGUCCGCCCAUGUCUUCUACGCCAUCAAUACCUUCAACUGCGACAACCUCAGGCAGCUCGAAACCUUCCUUCGAGCCGUUCCUUGCCAAUUCCGUCAGCAUCUUACCCACCUCACCUUCACGCAUUGCCCCAGCUAUGCUGGUUCAGCUUGGAAUGCUUGCGAGCUGCUAACGAAUACCAAGAAUCUCAAGAAAUUGGAUAUCCAGGUCGACGAGAAACCGUGGCUAAGAUGGCUGGCGUCUAGGAGUAGUUCGCAGGCUGCACCGAGUGUUUCGAGGAUUCCAGGUUUGGUUACUCUGCGGGAUAUGCGAGGAUUGAAAGUUCGAUUCCAUGGGGAUUGUGAGGGUGUGAAGGAGUAUUUGGAGCGUUGGAUGACGAUGGCGAAGCCGAAAUCGGAAGCUGAGGCCGCGGCCGGCAAUACUAUUGAGGAGUCGAACGAUGGCAAGAUCAUUGCGAAGCGCAAGGCGGUUGACGAUGGCCAGGAGGGCAAGAGAGCCAAGAAGGGAAAGGGACAGACUGCGGAGGGCGAGGUUCUUGCGAUUGAGCGAGUGAGGUCUUUGGACGGCGGUGAGCAGAAAAUGUGA